CCUUGAAGAGCAUCGCUCCUCCAUCAUCUCUUCUGCAUCUCCUGAGAGACUCACUGAGCAACUCACUUCGCCAUUAAGAUAUCCAAUGUCACAAAAUGAGGAGAUCACAGAGGCCAAAAGCCCUUCGCCCAAAGCUGGCACAAAGGAUUUGCACCAGACAAUAAGGGCGCCUGAUGCGUCUCAAUAUUCCACGUGCCCUCUCUGUUUCAGAACUUUUGGCAAUAUGCUAUAUGUAAACCCUUGUUUACAUAGCUUCUGCUUUUCUUGUACACAGGACUUGUUGGAAACCAAGGCUGAAUGUCCUUGCUGUAAGAAACCUUUCCAUUCUGUUUUUCACUCAAGAAAGUUCAAAAGGCGCCCUGAAGACCUCUCGUCCCCAAGGCACGCAAAAGGAGAUUCUUCACCCACCAAAAAGCACCGCAGAAGAGAACAUGCUUCCUCGCGUUCCAAAAGGCACCCAGAAAAAUGUCCUUCUGUACCUUGCUGUUCUGGAGAUCGCCUCACUCGCCCCGCUCUUCCCAGCCCUAACUUGGAAACACCUCUCCUGCCUCCUCCUUCUAAGGACCUUGCAAAAGACAACCCAUUCCUAAGUGAAUUCACAAAACCGCAGGAGUCCUGCCACUCGCCCUUCUUAAGGAAGGCACAAACUCCAGACCAGCUCUUCGAAAAAGCGCUGCAAAAUGAGACUGCACUCAACUCUGCUCCAGAAUGGAUGGCGUCUGGAGACGGUCUUCACUACAGAACAGUAUCUGCCAAUCUGUCUAAACCAAGCUUUUUGGAAGCUGCCUUUUUGCUUCUUGCUUCUGGGGCCAUGCUGUUCAUAUGUAUUUAUAUCUAUUUCCGUUUCGUCCUCAUGCAUAAACAAUAAAAGACAGUUUUACUCGUGGAAAUAACAGACUCUAGGUGAAGGCCAGAGAACUGCCAGGGUGAGGGAAGGAGCAUAAUGAUUUCUGAGGAAACGUGCCGUGAUACGCCGUUUGAUCCUAAGCUCUUCACGUGCUGUGUUUUUAGGUAUACGCCUAAAUGUGUGAAUGUGGCAGUCCAGGUAUUUGGAAACAUAUCUAACAUACACAGACAUUUAACACUGAGCCAGGGUUGGCUACAGUUCAGUGUAUGCUCUGUGGCAAAACCCUCUCCCCUCUGCCUUCCCCAAAUCUGAGAAACAUCUGGUGAGGGCCUGCUCCAAAUUCUUAUGGAGACCCGAUUAGCAUCCACAUAAAACAGGUCCUUCUCAGGAGCAACCCCGGGUAUACUAGGACUCUCUGCUGAAAGAAAUCCGUAAAGUCCUGCUCCCUGCUGUCAUUUGGAGCCAGGUAGCUCUUCUUCUUUGUGAAAAGUUUUUUAUCACUGCACUCAGCAUGGCCUGCUGGUUUUCGAAAUGGCUGUUGUUUUACUAUUGAUUGCUAACUUAGGGUGGAUCUAGACACAGGGGAAAAACCUUCCAUAAAGAAGUCAGAAAUUUGAUCAAAAAUUUAACAAAAGAAAAAAAUCUCUAUGGAAAAUCACACAUUUUAAAAUUCCUGUUCUCUUGCUCCAUCUGA